GAAGAAUAUGAUUAUGAAAAAAAUAAAAAUGAAGAAGAUAAUGAUAAAAAUAUCGAUGACAACAAUGACGAGUCAGGUGAUCAAAACUUAAAAGGAAAACUAUUAUUAUUAUUAAUACCAACUCUACAAGUUUUAAAUAAUGAUAUAAAAGAUAGUAAAAGCUUACUGAAAAUAGAAGCAAGUCUUCCUAGUAGCUUUCUUGUCAAAAUUGCACUGAAAAUAGUGAAAACUGACUUGAAUAAAUUAACAGGAAAAGAUUACAAAUUUACAUCAAAAAAGGUGACAGCAAUAGGAGAAAAAAUAGGAAAGAAGAUUUUAUUAUCAUAUUCAGAGAUUAAACUAG